AUGAAUAAAAUGAUUGAACUGUCGCUGAAGAGGGCGAAGAAGGAGGCGAAGAAUGAGCUGAAGCUACUAUUGCUGGGAACGGGAGAGUCGGGCAAAAGUACAUUCUUGAAACAAAUGCGAAUCAUUCAUAAAGACGCCAAACUCGAGUUGGAAACCGAGAGGAAGCGUUACGUGCCGUACGUCUACCACAACAUUGUGGUCGUAAUUCAGGCCAUUAUUAACGCGAUGUGCGAUUUGGAUAUUCGCUACGAUAAUGAGUUGAAUUAUUGUAACUCCAAGUUCUUGGCCGACAUUCACGUCGACUACACGACCAAUCACUUGACACAACUCACCGAUCAAACGGUGGCCGCCAUAAAGGAGUGGUGGGACGACUCGGGAGUGCAGAAGUGCUACAAACGCCGAAACGAGUAUAAAUUGAGUGAUUCAGCGAAGUAUUACUUCGACGACAUCGACAGACUGUCCGCCAGAGACUACACGCCCACCAAACAAGACAUACUACACGUCUGCAUACCGACAACCGGUAUCAAUGAAUACACGUUUGAGUUACGUUCGGUGCGCUUCCGAGUGGUGGACGUCGGGCGAAAGUGGAUCCACUGCUUCGAGAACGUGACGUCCAUUAUAUUCUUGGCGGCGCUCAACGAAUACGACCAGCGAUUGGUUGAGGGAAACAACAGUUUGUGCGAACAGAACCGUAUGGAGGAAUCGUUGGCUCUGUUCAAAGUGCUCAUCGCCUGCGAGUACUUCGAGAACUCGUCGGUCAUAUUGUUUCUCAACAAAAAGGACUUAUUUGAAAAUAAAUUUUAA